AUGCUCACACGACUUCUCAAAUAUGCAUCGCUUACAGCCGGCUCGGCAUGCACUCUCUAUCUCUGCCUUCUGGCAGCCCUCACAACGCAGUCCUUCCAAGCUCACAUCGUCUAUCUGCAUGCAGUGCAGAUGACAUGGUUCAAAGACCUUUCCACCCCCGAACUCUUCGGAUUCCUCCACAAUCAAGUGACGCCCUUCCUCAUACCCUCCCCAAGCAGCGGCCAGAAUCUCUACGCCUGGCACAUCCUUCCCGUGGAUUUAUACCACAAGCACGAAACGGAGCUCUCGUCCGAAAAGGCGGGUUUGGCACCGGAUAUCUCAUCACGAAAAGCCUUCCAACUCCUCCGACAUGAUCCUACAGCUCGCCUCGUAAUCCACAUGCACGGAGCAGGAGGAACCGUAGCUUCGGGUUUCCGCAYACCAAACUAUCGAGCUCUAACCGCAGCUUCCUCCGCAAAAGCACCCCUCCACGUUCUAUCCUUCGACUAUAGAGGUUUUGGCAAAUCUCCCGGCUCCCCCUCGGAACAAGGUCUUAUAGCAGACGCAAUAGCAAUUGUAGAAUGGGCUCUCCACGUCGCGAAAAUCCCCCCUCAUCGAAUUGCAAUCUUCGGCCAAUCGCUCGGAACAGCAGUCAACAUGGCCGUGGCAGAACACUAUGCUCGACAAAACAUACUAUUCGCAGGGCACAUCCUCGUCGCACCAUUUAUAGAUGUCCCGACUUUGGUCUCUACAUACAGUAUCGCCGGCACGAUCCCCAUCCUCGCUCCCGUGGUGAGAUUCCCCGCCGUCUUCGAUGCUCUCAAGUGCUACAUUCGCGAUACUUGGUCCACGAAAGAUCGCAUCGCUGAAUACGUGCGUUUGAAUGAGGCAAAAGGAGCCAAGUAUCGUGUCACAAUCAUCCAUGCUCAAGACGAUUACGAUAUUCCUUGGAGACAUACUUCUGUUCUGUUUGAGCACGCUGWAAAUUCUACGAAAUCGACAAGUGUAGUCGAGGGACUUGAGAGAAUUGAUCGGGGAGCUGGUGGGAGUGUGGCUGUGAUGCGGAGUCGAAAUGGUGUGAUUAGAGAGGAGAUUUUGAAAUUUGGCUUGCAUGAUGUUGUCAUGGGUAAUCCUGUAGUCACAUUGGCUGUGAUGCGCUUUUUUGACGGCGAUGAAGAAUAG